AAAGUGAAUUAUGGCUUUUCACAGUCGACGAAAUUUUAGAGUCCAUGGUGGACACUUAAGAAUCGGACGAAUGGCCUGUUCCUUAUGCAAUAAUUACGUAAUGGGUAGCUCGUUAUAUGUGAUUGUUUUGGGCCUUAUUGGGACCGUAGUCACGGCUUUUGACAUAAUAUGCACAAUAAAUUGUAAAAUUCCCAGGAUGUCAUCACGCCGUAGGAACAAUCAAGAAGUGCCCUUUACUGUCGAGAGGGAUUUGAAGUUAAUGACAUCAAUCUUGGGAAUCGAGCAUUACACUUUAAUUAUGUUAGGCGCAAUCACAGAAUACCCUAUGCUACACACACCGUGGUUACUCAUGCAACUUUGUGUCAUCAUUGUGGAGAUCAUUGUCUUCUUUGUGAGAUUCUUCCUAGAUGGUUUGCACAUCAAACGCAAUGAAAUAUUGCAAGCAAUGUUUAUCUUAUACAAUUGGUUGCAAGUCUUCUGUCUUUUUCAUCAGCAAACACGACAAGUUAUUUAG